AUGGUGAGAGUUGUGGUGAAUGUUGGAAUAUUUGGGUCGCCGGAGUUGGACUCCAGAGAGAAAGGGAGGAGACAAAUUGUUAGAGCAAUUACUGAGAUACCUCGGCGGGAAGAUUUUGGGGAUGAGUUUGGAAGGCAGAGGAUGAGAUUGAGAAGGAUUCUGAGAGAGAUUUUAGGGGAAGAUAUGGGGGAAUCAGAGGAGACUGGGGCCUCUGAGGAGGAGAUUUCUCAUCAGGCUGUCACUUUCUUUACUAAAUUGUACAAGUCUAAAAACCAUACCCUUGAUGAAGAGUUAUUUGGGGUCAUUCCUGAGCUUGUUGGACCAACUGACAACGAGAAUUUGACUAUGGCUGCCACCUUAAUUGAAGUUAAAUAG